ACCUUCUCUCCGCGUGUGUCUGUCUGGGUCUCUACUCCUCCUUUUUAUAAGGAGAUGAGUCAGACUGAUUUAGGGCUCCACCUAGUCCUCAUUUGAAUUUGAUUGCCCAAAGAAGGUCACUUUGUGAGGUACAUGUGAAUUUUAGGGGUGGGGUGGCACACACUUCAAGGCACAAGACUGGAUGCGAACCCAGUUGGCCUGAUCAGUAGGCUUCCAGACCGCUUACCCUUAAGCAUUAUGUUUUAAUGCUUCCUGACAGUACAGAGUGAUGCCAUUCUCUUGCAAAUGUCAAGACCUGGAGCAUGGCACUUGACCUCCAAAUACAGUUGUAGAGCCAUGGAGCAGAAACCUGUCCUCUAUGGGUUCUUAAGCUGGGAGAGUGCUCCCUGAGAAUAUUUAUCUAAGAGCCUGGUUUCUAGCUUACGAGGCACUUUGGCAAGGAGGACUGUUCUCAUAAACAUUCACAAAUAUUCUGCUCUGUAAUGAAGUUAAUCAGUAAACCACACAACCUCUGGCCUUCUCUCACUUCUCACCUAGUCUCAUUUUCUGUUGCUGUGAAUAAGCUAAGGAUGGUAAUGCAGGUUCAAGGGUUAGAGACUCCAAUUCAAAUCAGUCCUCACCACAGCCACCCGUCGCCAGGAUUUGUCACAGAAAUGAUGAGUCCGAAGGCUGCUGAAGGUGUGCUAUCAGAGCAAGCAGUGGGUCCUCUGGGACAGAGCCUAGAUGUGGAACCAUACUCCCAAUACAGCAAUGUCCAGUUUCCCCAAGUUCAACCACAGAUUUCCUCAUCCUCCUAUUAUUCCAACCUGGGCUUCUACCCCCAGCAGCAGCCGGAAGAGUGGUACCCUCCUGGGAUCUACGAACUCCGGCGAAUGCCUCCUGAGACUGUCUACCAGGCAGAGACCGAGGUGGCAGAGAUGCCCGUAACGAAGAAGCCCCGGAUGGGUGUCUCAGCAGGGAGGAUAAAAGGGGGCGAGCUGUGUGUCGUUUGUGGAGACAGAGCGUCUGGGUAUCAUUACAAUGCACUGACUUGUGAAGGCUGCAAAGGUUUCUUCAGGAGAAGCAUUACCAAAAACGCCGUGUACAAGUGUAAAAAUGGCGGCCACUGCGUGAUGGAUAUGUACAUGAGGAGAAAGUGCCAGGAGUGCCGACUGAGGAAGUGCAAGGAGAUGGGGAUGUUGGCUGAAUGUAUGUGUACAGGCUUGUUAACUGAAAUUCAAUGUAAAUCUAAACGUCUGAGGAAAAACGUGAAGCAGCAUGCAGAUCAUACCAUUAAUGAGGACAGCGAAGGACGUGACUUGCGACAAGUGACCUCCACAACUAAGCCAUGCAGGGAGAAAACUGAACUCACCUCAGAUCAACAGAAUCUUCUACAUUAUAUUAUGGAUUCAUAUAACAAACAGAAGAUGCCUCAGGAAAUAACAAAUAAAAUGUUAAAAGAAGAAUUCAGUGCUGAAGAAAAUUUCCUCAUUUUAACAGAAAUGGCUACCAGUCAUGUACAGAUUCUUGUAGAAUUCACAAAAAAGCUCCCAGGGUUUCAGACUUUGGACCACGAAGAUCAGAUUGCUUUGCUGAAAGGGUCUGCUGUUGAAGCUAUGUUCCUCCGUUCAGCUGAGAUUUUCAGUAGGAAACUUCCAGCUGGACAUGUUGACCUAUUGAAAGAGAGAAUUCGAAAGAGCGGUAUCUCUGAUGACUAUAUAACACCCAUGUUUAGUUUUUAUAAAAGUGUUGGAGAAUUGAAAAUGACCCAAGAAGAGUACGCCCUGCUUACUGCCAUUGUUAUCCUCUCUCCAGACAGACAGUAUAUAAAAGACAGAGAGGCGGUGGAGAAGCUCCAGGAGCCCCUGCUCGAUGUGCUGCAGAAGCUGUGCAAGAUUCAUCAGCCCGAGAACCCCCAGCAUUUCGCCUGUCUGCUGGGCCGCCUCACAGAACUUCGGACGUUCAACCACCACCACGCCGAGAUGCUGAUGUCGUGGAGAGUGAAUGACCACAAGUUCACCCCGCUGCUGUGUGAAAUCUGGGACGUGCAAUGAGGCCUUGCCGAGGGGGACCAGCUCCUCUGUCUCCUUGUAAUAUACAUCUGCUGUAUGACUUUGCUCUAUUUCCUUUGUACCUGGUCUCACUCAAGAAUCUUGACAAAAUGUAUGUAGUAAUCAUAUAACUUCUACAAUUGUAAAUAUGGGGAGUAGAUAGAAUUACUUUCUCCACACCAUGCUUCAGAAGGCUGCAGGGAAUCCUCUUCUGACUGGCAUGCCCUGUUUGCCUAAUUAAAUUGAUUGUUACUUCAAUUCUAGCUGUCAAACCUGGGAAGCCUCAUAUUGUCCUUCAUCUUACCGUAUCGCAUGUAUUUUAUUAAAGAGUUGUGUUCAAUUUUGGCAAUAAAAUGAGCGUGAUGGCAA